UGUGUGGUGGUGUGAUGCAUAAAUAAACUUCACUAAUAUCUCAAUGUCUUGGUUUGAGGGGUACCAAUGUAUUUCCACCUCAGAAAAAAGAGAGAGUGAAAAUGAAUAAUGAGGAACAUGAAGAAGGGGUGGUGGUGGAGGACACGGUGCUAAGAGAAGGAAAAGCAACUUCGUUUUCACCCAAACAGUGCCAACCCACUCUUUAUCAUACCCUUUUCCAAUUCAUUACAUACAUAGAUGCUGCUGCGGAUGCUUGCUAAACCUUCUUCUGCUAUGGCCACUCUUCCUUGUUCCAGGGUGAGAAGUGGGUUGUGCGUGUGGCCAGAUGUGAGACAACUUUGCUUUAGAAAAGGCAUUCUCUAUGGAUUUAUGAGGUUGUUUUCUACACCAUUGAAAACACUGCGUGGAGCUAGUCGCUCGCUCAGAGUUGCUCAGUUUUGCAGUGUUGUCAACAUGUCUUCCACAUUGCAGAUUGAAUUGGUACCUUGCCUGAAGGACAAUUACUCGUAUCUUUUACAUGAUGUGGAUACUGGUACGGUUGGUGUUGUUGAUCCAUCUGAAGCUGUGCCUGUCAUAGAUGCCUUGAGCAGGAAAAAUCGAAACUUGACAUACAUACUCAACACUCACCAUCAUCAUGAUCACACUGGUGGAAAUAUAGAGUUGAAAGCAAGAUACGGGGCAAAGGUGAUUGGUUCAGGAACUGACAAGGAAAGGAUUCCGGGUAUUGAUAUCCAUUUGAAUGAUGGUGAUAAGUGGAUGUUUGCUGGUCAUGAGGUGCGUGUAAUGGACACACCUGGUCACACCCGAGGCCAUAUAAGCUUCUAUUUUCCUGGAUCUGGGGCAAUUUUUGUUGGAGACACUUUGUUCAGCUUAUCAUGUGGCAAGCUCUUUGAAGGAAGCCCACAGGAGAUGCUAUCUUCUCUUAAAAAGAUAAUGUCUUUGCCAGAUGACACAAAUAUAUACUGUGGACACGAGUAUACAUUGAAUAAUACAAAGUUUGCAUUGUCUAUCGAACCUGAAAAUGAGGAACUUCAAUCCUAUGUUGCCCACGUAGCUUACCUUCGAAGUAAAGGCUUGCCCACAAUUCCUACCACUCUGAAGAUGGAAAAGGCUUGUAAUCCAUUCCUUCGUACAUCCAGUCCUGCAAUCCGGCAAUCAUUAAAGAUUGCAGCCACAGCAAAUGAUGCAGAAGCUCUUGGUAUCAUUCGGAGAGCAAAGGAUAAUUUUUAGAACUUUUUUAUUUGUAUUUUGAAAGUCUGAAGACACUUGUUCUUUAGGGUAGGGUUUAAAUUCAUCUGUGGAAGGAAUAAUAUAUGUUUGAUGCUAUCUUCUCAAUAUGAUUUCAGAAUUUAGUUUCUGAGCUCAUUUGGGAGUGAGUGUGCAUACUUGGUGCCCGGAAUAGUUGUGAUGCGAUUCAGAGGUGCAAAUGAAUUGAGUCCGGUUUAGGUUGAGGGAAAUUUAAAUCUAGACCAAUGAAAAUUAAUUGAUUUGGAUUGUGGAUUGCUUUUCCUUCUUUAAAUAUUGGGAAGUGAAGAAAAAAAAAAUGAGAUGGUAAAUUAUUUCGAUCUCGUCA